AUGGCACCUGCUGCUUCUUGUCCUCACGCCAACGGCAGCCGCGCCUUGCUCGUCCUCGUUUCUAAACUUGCUCUGAUCUUCACUAUUUCUAUAGCUGUCAUUCUGUGUCUUUGCAUCCUCCUCGUGCGUCGCGUCCGAGCGCACGAUGCCGCUCGUUUGCUCCCGACAUCCACUUUAGACUUGCUCUCUGUAUCGAGUUUUUCGUCGCUCCAAGAGCUCCAGCGCUCGCACGAAACGUUUCAGCACGUGUUUCACGUCGAGUUUCCACUGGCUCUGUUCUGUUUUACGUGCAUCUACGUGUUAAAACAGACCUUUGCGAUUCCCGGAUCGGCUUUACUAAAUGUAUUUGCCGGUGCUGUGCUGCCGGUAUCACUGGCCUUUCCACUUGUGUGCACGUUAACGACGUGCGGAGCCUCGUGCUGCUAUUUGUUGUCCAAGAAUUUGGCUUCGGAAGAAAUUGUUCAGAGUUUGAGUGAACGGCUGCUACCGGGUCAGUUGCUCAAAUUGAGACGAAAGAUCGACGAGGCACGAACCCAAGGACAAUUGCCGUUCGUGCUGCUGUUUCUGCGCGUGUUUCCAUUCACGCCCAACUGGUUUCUGAACAUGGCGAGCUCGUGGCUUCAGGUGCCGUUGCAGCUGUUUGCUCCAUCGGUAGCAUUGGGACUGCUACCGUACAACUUCAUUACAGUCAAUGCUGGUGCCAUGUUGAGUUCACUACGUAGUACGAGGGAUCUCAUGGAUCCUCGUACAAUGGGGGUGCUGGUAUUGCUUGCACUGGGGAUGCUCAUUCCGGCGAUGAUGAAGAAGAAAGCCAAGGAUAGGGACGCGGGUUGUGGCACUGAGCACGAGCUUGAUACGGCAAACGAGCUCACCAGUAACAGUAGCAGCAGCAAGAAGAAGGCAGUUUGA